GAGCUAUUUUUAUCUGUUUUUCUCGCUAACAUUGAUUCCCAGACGGUGUCGCGCCCCGCGCUAAGAUGAACCAGCAGCGAUCCCGGCGGUUCCGUUCCGCCCAGGAGGCCAAGGAGAAGCAGGCGGACAAGGAGGAGCUGUUGAAUAUGAUCAAGAAGCAAAAUGGCGGCGAACUGCCUCCCGAGACUCUCGAGGAAGUAAACAAGAAGGCUUUCGACUCAAACACUAUCACACCCGGUACACCUUUCAUGGAUAUUCUGGCGGCAAGCUUGAGGUAUUGGUGUGCUUAUAAGCUCAACACUGACCCUGGCUGGGCCAAUAUGAAGAUCAUCAUCUCCGAUGCUACGGUGCCCGGCGAGGGCGAGCAUAAGAUCAUGAAUUUCAUCCGAUCCCAGAGAACCUCUCCUGACCAUGAUCCCAAUUCGAGACACGUUAUCUACGGGUUAGACGCCGACUUGAUCAUGCUCGGGCUUGCUACCCACGAGCCCCACUUCCGUGUCCUGCGAGAAGAUGUCUUCUUCCAGGAGGGCAAGGCUAGGAUGUGCAAAAUUUGCGGCCAGAAGGGGCACGAUGCGCAGAAUUGCCGAGGUACCGCCAAAGAGAAGCAGGGCGAAUUUGAUGAGAAGGACAAGGCUGUCUCUCUGAAGCCCUUCAUCUGGCUCCAUGUUUCAGUCUUGAGAGAAUAUCUUGCUGUCGAGCUCGACGUGCCUGGCCUGCCGUUUCGCUUUGAUAUCGAACGCGCCAUCGAUGACUGGGUAUUCAUGUGCUCCUUUGUUGGCAACGAUUUCCUGCCCCAUCUUCCGGCUUUGGAAAUUCGCGAAAACGGCAUUGAUACGCUGACUGCUAUCUGGAGAGACAACCUGCCCGCCAUGGGCGGUUUUCUUACGAAAGACGGUCACGUUAAUCUCGAGAGGGCCCAGUACAUUCUCAACGGCCUAGCGAAACAGGAGGACGCCAUUUUCCGGCGACGAAGAGAAGUCGAGGAGCGAAGGGAAGCUAGUGCCAAGAGACGGAAGCUGCAGGACCAAAGAAGUGGACGUGGCGGCGGUCAAUAUGGACGGGGCGCGGAUAACAGUCCCGGUGGUGCUCUUCCGUCUGGCCUCUCAAAGACCCUCACCCACGACAUGAUCGUGAACCGGGGGGCCGGCCAAGAUGCUAACGUAGCGAACAAGAGCGCUGCUGCAGUGCUCAAAAGCCGGAUCCAGGCGCUUCAGUCCGAGGCCGCCGAGGGUAGCUCUGAAACCAAAAAUUCCGAUCCGUCAACACCACCUUCCGCACUCGGUAAACGUAAGGCGUCCAUGGUAGAAGAGGAGAGCGCAAGCACCCCCGGAAGUAGUUCAGCUGCCAGCGACGAGCCGGAAGACCCGGUCCGGCUCUGGGAAGAGGGCUACGCCGACAGGUACUACGAACAAAAGUUUCACGUCGAUCGGAAAGAUAUCGCAUUCAGGCGCGAGGUUGCUCGGGCCUACGUCGAAGGCCUCGCUUGGGUGCUAAGGUACUACUUCCAAGGAUGCCCGUCGUGGGAAUGGUUCUACCCCUAUCAUUACGCACCCUUCGCUCAAGACUUCGUCGACAUCGCCAAAAUAGAGAUCAAUUUCGAGAAGGGUCGCAUCGCCAGGCCCUUCGAGCAGCUGAUGAGCGUUCAGCCGGCCGCCUCCCGCCACGUGCUGCCGGAGGUCUUCCACGACCUCAUGACCGACUCGAAUAGCCCGAUCAUCGACUUCUACCCCGAAGAAUUCGAAAUCGAUCUCAACGGGAAGAAAAUGGCCUGGCAGGGGGUGGCACUCCUUCCGUUCAUCGAGAUGCCCCGGCUACUCGCUGCUAUCGAGGAGAAGUACCCGCUGCUGAGCGAGGCAGAUGCGGCGCGCAAUGGCGUCGGCAGAGAGGUGCUACUGCUGUCCGAGGCUAACCAGGAUCUAUACGACGACAUAUCAACGCAUUUCUACUCCAAGAAGCAAGGCUCCCCAAAAUAUAAACUCGACCCCCGUCUCAGCCGGGGUCUAUCCGGAAAGAUUGAGAAGAUGCCCGACUAUUUACCCCACGGAAGUUUGGACUAUCCCCUGGAAAGGAAGGGUAUGCCCGACUUGGAGGAUGACCGCUCGUUGACGUAAGUUUUGAAGUUCCGUGUUUCAUUUGCGAAUGCCUCCUCGGGGUUUCUAACGUCACUGUAGGGUUUACUAUGAAAUACCGAUGGUCUCGAGCAAUCACAAGUCGAUGCUUUUGAGGGGUGCCCAGAUGCCGACACCGGCACU